CUCAGUUUGGCAUUCACUGUAUCGCUGACGACGGUGGUCGGAUUCACGGAUUCAGAGUGCUAAGGACCGAGUUCAGAAUCAGUCACGUGUCUGCUGGUGUUCUUGUUAUCGAAUCGCCAAUAACAAAUUCAUUGCCCUGUGAGGAGUUUUGCCAAUUCAUUAAGUUGUUUGAGCUACGUGACACGGAGCGUGUUCAACGGGAGAAACGGUGUUUUGGAGUGAAGUCGGGUAAAAAAUAUAAAGCGACACAUCUUUGGGAUACGAGAUUCGUAUGCCCCCCAUUGGCUACUGGUGUGAGUGCUGCUCUACUCGGAGUAAUUAGAAGUUUGAGCGCUUUUGUGUGUUGUGCUCGAGGGGUUUGAAGGUCGGAAAGCGUGAAAAAAGGUGCUGUGUCGAAGGAUUGGAAACGUGGAGAAUUUUGCGACCGAAAUUGAAAAAUAUUGAUCCCCUCAGCUCAGGUGUUGUUCCCACCUAAUUUCUAGCGCAGAAGUGAGUGGACAAUUCGUUCUGGGAGGAGAAAGCAAAGUAAAAAGAAGUAGAUUCAGUCAUUCUCUCCCUAGUGUUCGAGAAGAGUAGUGAGUGGGUUGUGUAAUUUCUGGCAAUACAGGGGAACACUGACCCGCGAAGAGCGCAAUUCGAAACAGCUCGUUUCUUUGAUCCCAUAAUUGAAAGCAGGCUUUACGUCGUAAACUAAAUCAAUCAAGAUGCCCCAAUCGGACGGGGGUUACGUAUCGCUGGGCGGUGGCCCACACUCGGUUUACAAUACGACCACGGAGCCGCAUUCGGGCACCAAAUCGGUGAUGGAAACGGUAAAGCGAGUAAUCGGUUCGGCCAUUGGUGCCCAGGACAAGCACGCCCUCCUCGAGCGGGAAAAUGGAACCGGUGCGCAGCCGUACAUUAUUAGCAGCAGGGACCGUGACAAGACCGGCAAAGCAGCCAUCGUCAGAAUGCCAUCCGCUCCAGCUCACACUGCCGAGGAGGCUCGUCUAUUGGGAGCCAUGCCAGUAGACCCAAUGGACGACAUCGAGCUUCGCUCCGUACAGCUCCAGUAUCCGAAUCAACGCGGGUCCAUCGUUGGACAGUGCGACCUGCGACGGGUUCCAACCGAUAGGGGCGACAUCCUGGUCGCGGUGCAAGGUGAUACAACGAAACCGGCUAUCCUAACCUAUCACGAUCUGGGAUUGAAUUAUGCAUCGAGCUUCGCUGGAUUCUUCAACUUCCCAUCGAUGCGUGCCCUGUUAGAUAACUUCUGUGUCUAUCACGUAAACGCUCCCGGACAGGAGGAAGGAGCACCCACGUUCCCGGAAGACUAUGUGUAUCCGACGUUUGACGAGCUCGCAGCGCAGCUACUGUUUGUUAUGUCACACUUCAACCUGAAGUCCCUCAUCGGGUUUGGCGUCGGAGCGGGAGCCAACAUUCUAGCGCGGUUCGCUCUGUCGAAUCCGGAUAAGGUUGGCGCACUCUGCCUAAUCAACUGCAGCUCCACCGCUGCCGGUUGGAUCGAAUGGGGCUAUCAGUUGCUGAAUACACGUAAUCUCCGCUCGAAGGGCAUGACACAGGGCGUACUGGACUAUCUGAUGUGGCAUCACUUCGGCAGAAAUCCGGAGGAACGAAAUCUCGACUUGGUGCAGCUGUACAAAUCAAACUUCGAGCGUUCGAUAAACCCCGUUAACCUGGCUAUGCUGAUCGAUUCGUACAUCAAGCGGACCGACCUCAACAUUGCUCGGACACCAUCGGGCACACCUCAAACAGCUGCAUCCCUGAAAAUGCCAGUAUUGAAUAUUACGGGAGCACUAUCGCCACACAUCGAUGAUACGGUCACAUUCAACGGUAGACUGAUGCCAGAGAAGACUAAUUGGAUGAAGAUCUCCGACUGUGGUCUGGUAUUGGAAGAGCAACCGGGCAAGCUUGCCGAGGCGUUCCGAUUGUUCCUGCAGGGCGAAGGCUACGCACCAACAUUUUCACCACAUGCUAUAAACCAUACUACUACUGCAACAACAACAACAACAACUAACUACAACAACAUCAACAACAACGACUCCAACAAUGCAACCCUUCGGCGCAACAACAACAUCAACAAUCAAGAAUUCGACAAGCUGAACGCGAACGGAAGUGGUGGAGGAUGUGGUGUCGCCACGAGCGGUGGAACGGGGGGAACCAUCGAUAACAACAAUCUACCCGUGAGCGCGACGACCGGUGCGGCGAUUCGGAUAACCGAGAACCCGCUGCCCGAAAACGUGGCGUGCUAGAGAAUAGACAUAUCGGGCCCGGCGGGCGGCGGAUGCGGAAGCUUAACCAGCGGACGGUCGUCGUCGCUGCCGUCAGCGGGCAAGUAUUAUGAUGAUGGUGGUGGUGUGGUGGAGGAAGAGGAGGUAUGGACGAAUCGUCGCUAUCGGGUAGAGAAAGUGCUGUUGAAUGCUAUAUUUUCUAUACAGAUGUAAGAAGGAAGAGAGAGAGAGAGGAUAGAGAGACAGGCCGGUGGCUAACAAAAUAUGAAAACGAGAAAAAAACGCUUGAUAAUGAAGAGAUACUGAUUAUAGGCUUAUCAUAAGGUAAAACAUUGCUGCUAUGAAUAUCACACCUGACAUGGUCUGGCGAAAGGGGGAUGAAGUUGAUGCCAAGCAUUGUAGUUUCGAGUAACACACUAAUAAACAGUGGAAUGAAAAUUGUACAUUCCAAUCAAACUAGUUUCCGUGACAAGGUUGUGCCCACAAUGAAAGACAAGUAAUUGGUAAAUCCCUCGUGAUAUUAUUUAAAAUAAUUUUAAUUAAAUUAGUUAUUAAAUAUCACCCAUAAAACGUUCUGGGAAAUUACUCUCGUUUGAGUGAUCUCAAAAGGAUCUCCGAUAGUGUAAUCUAGGUUAAUCUAAUGUUCUUCUGAAUAAUUAUUCUGCUGGACUCAAACUGACUUCAGAUCGCAAUUAAUUGGGCCUAUAUCAUAUCAGACAGAAAUGAGAGAUUCCCUGCUUUCGAUGGAGCGACCCAUAUUUUCCGAAAAUACUACACGCUGUCAUACUAAUAGAAGAUGAUGCUGAAUCCUAGCACGGAUCUUUUAUUCAUCCGUUACUACUUGGUAACAUGCUAGAACAUCUUUUAAUUUUGCAUUUUUUUUAAAAUAAGAUGGAUGUAUGAAGAUGUACUGUAGCUUCCGAGCACGAAUUCGACUAUUAGAUACUGCUUCAGCACACGAUAGGGUCGUUUGCUGACAAGUAUAGAAUGAUUCCGAAUUAUUCCAGGGCUGAUUGCAGUUUUGACAACCUCAGCAUUCUAGGACUCUCGGUUUGUCUCGAUUGCUAUUUCUAUUCCUUCGAAUGCAGCUGCCCAUCAGACGAUUUAGCGAUUUUUGUACAAUGUAGGAAAACUUGUAAAACAAACAUCUGUCAAAGUAUUACAGAAUCGACCACUGUGUGUCCCCUCUGCUAUAAAAUGAGCUCCAAUUCGGGAUUCUAAAUUACAAAAAGAGUCAGUCGUUCACAUUUUUUAGAUAAGAGAGACAUUCGCCAGUAAUAAUGCAAAUAAUCUGAAUCAUUCGAAUAUUUUACUACAGAGAUAUUCUUGAUCGAAUGAAAAAUUAUUCUUUCCCUUCGGAUUAUAAAUAUUUCAUGAUAUAACGAUCGCAGAGCAAAUCUAUGGGUAAAUGUGAAAUAAAUGUGCAAAAUGCAAAAUGUGAAAGUAUGAAUAUGUUCUAUACAAUACCCAGUCAUUACUUUGGCAAAUGCAUUGUUUCAUGACAGAGUUACAGCGUUCCAAAAAUCACCCAAAAUUUACGACGUCGCAUUCCGUUCCUCUAUUUUUUUUUUUUUUUUUGAGUGCAGUUCUUUGUCCCCUCCGGUAUAUGAUCGAUCACUGCAAAUGCCGGUUCAUCUUCACUCUGUAUUUCCGAUUCAUCUUUAGUCGGUAGUCGGUAGCUUUAGUUCAUCUUUAGUCGGUAGCGCAAUACGAAACCUUUUCCGCCAUAGUUCGGAGAAUUUUCUAAGGGUCCUUAUCGAACAUUCUGCGUUGAGUGUCUAGAUGACUUUCAACGUGCUCGCGGGGAAAAGUGACAUCAUACAACUCACGAUUCAUUCAUUCCCAACUAUGAAAUCAAGCUCAAAUCUUAACCAUGAAAGAAUUAUUGAAUAUUUCUUGCGACCUAUUUUUUUUUGUCUUAAAUUGACCCAAAUUAAAAAGUACGCUACUUUGAACGACUUAAUUGCAUUCAUAUGAAGGAUGAGAAAAUUUUGCGGAAAGAGCUUCAUUUUGUUGAUAGUAACGUUGAUAGUUUAUCAUGUAUUUUUGGCAAAAAAUUAAUAUAAAACGAAAGCUUUGGAGUUUUUCCACCUCUAAAAGGUACUUCAAUCCAUCAAAUUAAAUGUUUUGCAACUGCAUUCUGUGCGAAAUUUUCAGAAAAAUCAAUAUUACAAUACUGGAUUAAUUGAUUAAAGUUUGACGACUAGUGGUGCAUGGAUCAUUUUACUCAAAUGUAAAUUUUAAUUCCUAGAUAUCGACGAAAUCCCAAUACUUUGAAAAAUUGCAACUUUUCGAAAAAAGAAAUACAAAAAAUUGAUGUUACACUAAAAACUAUACAGACAUCAUUAUCCUAAGGCCAACUGUUCUCGAGAUUGUACAAAAUCUAUAUAAAAUUAUAUUUGAUGAAAAAAGCGUAAGCGUAAUAUUACGAAAACUCAACCAUAAUGAAAUCGUUUAAUUUUUAUAGCUUUGGGCUAUGAACGUUUAUGCAUAACCCCUAUCUAAAAAAAGUCAUAGGAUCAUAGGAAAUAGCUCGGUCGUUCACAUUAUACGUGGGUUAUUUUCAAAAUAUGUAUUCCAAUGAAGAAGAACAAUAUUAGUAAAACUAUAUGAAGCACUCUCAGACAGCUCAAUCCGUUUAUUGAUAAAUACGGCGGAAUGUUUUAAAAGUCUUGAAUAUGGAAAAGUUUUUAUUUAAUUCAGAAUGUAUCGGUGAUUAUAUUUGAAAAAGUAUUUAUUUAUCUUGUCCACGUGAACAUAGUAUAUACCCCCUCACCCCUCUACGUGGACAAGCGUGAACAUAUUUAUACCCCGUACCCCCCUAAAGUUAUCCACGAAAUAUGUGGACAGCCCCUUAUUGAGUUACACCGAGUAGAAUCAGUGGUGGUUAGCUCUACACGAUCUACACUCGACAAAAUUAAAGGAACACCUGACAAGGAUUCGUGAAAAAUCGGAAUGGAAUGUGCAUCAUUUUCAAUUUUAUUCUCAUCCGUUGGUGGGUAUGAGGAUUGCAAGGAGUGAGGACACUCACACAUAUCCAUAAGCAUUCCCACAUAUACGCAUAUUGAUACCUAUAAACUCAUGAAAACGAAAAAGAAUAAUCGUUCAUUCCGAGCGAGCGCAUGGCAUUUUGUACUUCUAAUACAAUUUGCGAUGAGAUGCUCCUCUAAUUUACUUCAAACUUUGAACGAUCGGCUAAAAAAACGGGUGAAUGUAUCAAUAUGAAAUGUUCGUAGGGGUUUAGGGGAUACACUAAGUACUUACUGCAAUAUUUGCAAUCGAUUUUCUAAAACACUACCAAAAACAUGCACCAAAUGAACCUUGUACAGAAUUUAUUGGAGUUUUCAGUACUACUUGUACUGCUUUUCAAUUUGCGGUGCGAUAACAUGAUAGUUUUUUCUUAAAUAAAAAUAUCUCUGUAAUACACGGUUCCACAGCAAGUAAGAUAAAAAUAUGAACGUAGAAUAUUGUUAAUCUACACAUUUGAACAUUUCAAAUUAUGUGUUUUCGACACACAACUCUGCAUGAAAAAUUACAUACACUCAACUGGAAAAUUAGAGGAGCAAAGUGUUGUAUCGAAGUCUGUAGUUGAUUCUUGAUAUGCUGAAAUUUCCACGAGACUGUUAAAACUGUAUCGUAUUCGUAUUCUGUUAAAAAAGUAUCGUAUUCGUUGUUCAUUGUAGAAGGAAGAAGCUUGAGCCUAGCUUGAGGAAAAAGCAUUUAUUUUUAAAUUUUAUUCUUGAGCUUUUAAGUUAUACUUUACAAGCAGUCCCGGCAAACUUCGUCCCGCCCAAAAGUGAUUUAUUAUUCAAAUAAUUUCAAACAUUCACAUUCGCAAUUGAUAUCAAUUGUUCAAUCAAGUGAAUGAAUGAACCCGUUUGGAUUCAAUACCUAUUAUUUAAUUCGUAAAGUUUAUGUUGAGUCAGUUUAUUUUAUUUGGGUAAACUAUGGUUUGUUGUCUAGUGCGGAAGGCAGGGGUUCCACUGAGUAACUCUUAGUCAACAUUUAGCCGGCGUCAUUCCAUUCCAACAUGAUGCGAUGCACCCCUGCUACAUAAUCGAUGUGUUGCACUUUCUGGCGGUUUCUUAACCUUAUUCCGGAAUCCGAUCGGAUUUGAAAUUCGAUCGAAUUUUGCGAAUCGAUCGAAAAAACUUUUACAUUCUGAAAUCCGUUUAAUCCAAUCGUCAUGUGUAAAUUUGUUGCAACGUUGUCUUAAAUCCAAACAAAAAAACAGAACAAUUCAUCUGUGUUUCUGAAUCAGAUUACUCUCAAUUAAGGGGAUGUUCUAGUGUAGAGGCACGAAUUUCAGACGUUUUUUCGAGCUCCGAAAAUAUUAAACAAAUAAUAUUUAUACUACUUAAUCUAUCAUUUUUUGUUUCUCUAUCUUUUCACAAUAAAACAAAAAAAAUGAACGGAAAAUAAUAUUCAUAAUCAAAAUAGUUACAAGUCCUUUCUAUGGUAUAUUCUUGAAUGUCUAAACUUCAUAAAUAUAAAGAAAAAACAUUAUUUCCAAAUUUCUAUACUGGAAAACUAAUUUAAAUUGGCCGGCUCGAAGGCAAUUUGAAAUUGUUGAAAUCCGAAUGAAAAUUAUUACUUUACGUUACUUAUAUUUUAAACGAGUAGUUAUGUGAGAGUUGAGUAUUUUUUUACAAAUUUUUCAGCACUUCCGCUGAAACUUUAUCAAUAAUAUCAAAUUAUAUGAGAUAUAAUUUUCGUUCAAGAUUUUUUAUCACUUGCCGAAAAUGUGUUACUGCGAUAAAGUCAAUUUUCAAUCAUGAUUUUCAUUUUGAAAGCGUGUUUAUUCCAUCCGAAAAUUCAUUUACCAAUGGUUCGGGGCCGACUACCGUUCUGUAUUACCCCUGUGGAAUUCUAGUUCAAGUAAAAAUGAAGGUUUUAACAAGCAAACAUGCCACAUAAAGAUGGUCAUGCGAAAAGCAUGGGAAUUCUAUUGAUCUCAAUACGUCUAGAGAUUGAUUUUGUGAUUUUUUUUUUGUGAACUUGAACUCCAAAGUUAAAUCAGUUAUUAUCAGUGAACUUCGAAAUUUGCUUCACGUACAGCCGUGUUUCAUUGCUCAAUAUCGGUUGAUUGAGGCGUGAUGAUAACAGGUCCAGUCUCGCAAAUACUGUUUUCAUAAAAAACCGUCAAACCUCAAUAAUUUCUGGCGAGUCCAGUCUCGUCUUUGUCAGAUUGUUCAGGAAAGUUUAUGACGAGAUGGACUCGUCAUUUCCGUUCAAGGGGUUAAGAGAGGUAAAAAAUAUCAGUCCAUCGUCUCCUCGUGCAAAGUGAUUCUUGCGUAUUAGUACAAGAGUACCUAAUAAUAUUGUGUCAAAUACGGCGUUCACAAGUUCAACAACAACGUUAAAUAAAUGGUUACUUUUUCCAAAUUAAUCACACAAUCAAUUGAUUUGAACGAAUGGUAUUGUCCAGGAAGUGCAUUUUCAAUUACGAAUUUCAAACAUUCGAAAUCUUUAUUUUUAGUCAAAUUGCGCGUGUACUCAACCAAUCGUGUGAAUUAAAUGAAAAUUUGGACGAUGUAUGAAAACACAUUCCUAAAUGUAUUUUUUGUGAAACGACAGAAAUCCUUUGGAAACGUCAACUAGCGUGUUUUUCUUUAUUGUCAAUCACUAACAAAUCUCUGCAGAUAAAUCGUUUUAAAACUCGAAUACUCGUAGUCAACAGCAGCUUCUUCACAUAAUGCUACAAAGCCUUGGGCGGAGAUGAGCACAACAAUAUAAAGAUAGACAAAAUCGGGAGAUUCAUUGUUGAUUUAUUAGCCAAUUUUCUUUAAUGUUCCGAGUUUAGGAAACGUCAAGGAUAAUAAUUGAUUACACAGGGGUAAGAUGUGUUCGUUUUCAUUUAGAAAGAGUUCACUCUUUUUUUGAAAAUUUAGUUUUGCGUACCGAAUAUGUUUAACUAUACAAUAGAAUAAUGCCUUUUUUCGCAAAGUGUGAACAAAUAUUGAACGGAAACUGUGUUUGAUGAUGAUUUUAUAUUAUAAUGGUGAGUUUUCGUGGAUUGCAGAACAGAGCAAUCAAAUAACAGGAUAUAAAAAUUUCCUUUCGAAUUUUAUAGAUAGUUUGGAUCCCAAACUCGUAUGUCGCCACCUGACGUCGACACUGUACAUUUGUCAUCGUGAAUCGAACUUCGAGUUUCGUUAUGCGAACGCAUACGGUUUCACAAACCGAAAAUGAAUUAUUUUGUUUUGAGGAGGCUGAAUUGAAUGACUAUUAAAACCGAAUAAAAUUGAAGAAAAAACUAAAUCCCAUAAAUACCGCCUAAAAUAAACAAUAACAUUACUACAGAGACGAAUAUCAGCGAAUGUAUAGACAAAUGGUUAAGUAAAUAUGGUAAAAUGGGAAAAAAAAUCACUAAAUUUUUACGAUUUCAAAUUCCCUACGGGUCAGCUAAGCUGAUAGAGAGUAAUUUGCCUCACAUGUAUGAAUUUUGUCACCAGACGUCGACACUGUACAUAAUUCAUUGCCGAUUCGCAAUGAUGAAGGUACAGUGUCGACAUCUCCUGUGAAGCAGUUAACUUUCUAAUAUCAGCAGUCCCGAAUGCAGUUUUAAAUUGUUAAAAUUUGAAUGAAAAUCAUCACUCGAUAUUAUCUGAUUUUUUUUAAAUCACGUAGUCUAGCCCCUCAAUCGACCAUUUAUCUAUAAAUUUCUAAUGUUUUCCAUCACUGCGGUAUAGAAGGUAAUGAAAAAGCCGAUCUCUUAGCAAGAUAAGGAUCUUCAACUAAAUUCGUCGGGCCUGAGCCAUUUUUUGGAUUAUCCACAUCAGGGGUUCUCAAACUGUUUUGGGCAAGAGACCCCUUUUCCAGAAUUGAGUCAUACCUUAGACCCCCAUAGCCAAUUUUUUUUAAAACCAUCAGUUUAGUUUUUUUUUCUAUUUAUAAAUAAAAAAAAAGGAAAGAAGAUUAUUGUGAUGGAAAUAUGUCAGAGAAAACCUUCAGUAAAGUAAUAUUUUUGCUAUUCUCUGCACUGAAUAUUAUUUUAAACCUUAUUUUUUACUUCUUCCAUUCUUUACAUAUCCGAAUAAACCAGCUCUUGAAAAGAGCCGUCGAGCCGCUCAAAUGAGCCGGCUUUUUUCAUUGAGCGCACGGCUCUGAGUCGCUCACUGAAAUGAACCUUUUUGCCAAUCUCCAUGCAAGAGACUCUUGGUGGUCAGUGAACUCAGCGUGUAGAAGUAAUCGAGUAAAGGAAGGAAGGUCUUGAAUUAUAGAGACUUUAAACUUUUGCAGUUCAUUCGUCUCUAGAAUCGAGUAAAGAUUUCGACAUUUUUCUCAUAUAGCUGAGCAAAUAAUCGAGGGUUCCAAGAAUUGGUUCGAAAGUUUUUGAUAGCACUCGUAACAUAUAGUAAAGACUGAUGCAAUCUAGUGCUCAGAUUUUUUGCUACUAAAUGCUGUCUGUAAAUCACGCAGUGAAUGGCCGGUAUCUAAAUGUUCCUCCAUGGAAUAGCUUUUUCGGUAAAAAAAAAACCGAUCGAUGGAGGCGAUCUGGCGUAGUGGUAACAUCCGUACCUCUCACGCUCAAGAUCACGAGUUCAAUUCUUACUCCUGACAUUCUUCCAAAAAUGGAAGUAAAAGUGACGAACCAGCCAAAAGUGUUGAAAGUCACUAUAAUACAGACAAAAAAAACAAAAAAAAACCGAUCGAUUCUCCUCUGGUAUCAGUCUUCAUAUAUGUAGCAAAAAUCAUUUCUUGGUACAUAUUUUCAUCUUCAAUAUAUCGAACAUAAAAUAUUUUGUUACACCAUGCACAUAGAUGACCAAGUAUUUUGGAAAAAAAAAUUCAAUCAAUUUAUUCCAGUUCACUUCAUUCACAAAUAGCUGUGUAAAUACCUUGUAAUCUCUUGAAUUGAGUUAGAAGUUUUUUUUUUUUUUUUUUUUUAUAUCUGUAUUAUAGUGACUUUCAACACUUUUGGCUGGUUCGUCACUUUUUACUUCCAAUUUUGGAAGAAUGUUGGGAGUGAGAAUUGAACUCGUGAUCUUCAGCGUGAGAGGUAUGGAUGUUACCACUACGCCAGAUCGGCUCCCGAGAGUUAGAAGUUGAGUACAUUAUCAUUCAAGCUUCAACGUAUUUCAGAACGCAUUUGAACUAAAGGCAAGCUUGUUAUACAGUAAAAUAUCAGGAGCAUGUUUGGACAUGAAUUUGAUGAUGACUGCCUUUGUGUCAAAUCGUGUAUAGGAUCCUUUAAGGACUCGUACGCUCAAGCACAUUAUCUUGCACGAACCUGUUCACGUUUUUUUACUUGCCGAAUUUUUUAUCUUGUACGUUUUGUACUUUUUUAUUUUAAUUUUAUGCACACUCGUCGUCUUGUUGAGUUUUUAAAAUUUAUAGCAAUAAUAUUUUCUACUAAGAUAUUAGUCAUUCUCAGCGUUUCCACAUACACAGAAUAUUCAAUAUUUUACAGAUUUUUCGCCAAACUACAGAUUUUCUGCAAAGACACAGAAUUUAAAGAUAUUUUUUCCAAAUUCAAAUUUAAACGUUAAAUCAAUCACAGUUUGUUUUCCCUGUCUACCUUCUUACUAACAAACUUUCCUUUUUUAUCGUUGAGUCAUGAAGAUAUGUACACUGAUUUAUAAAAAUGUUGAACCAUGUGAAAUGUCACUUCAUUUCUCCAUUCCUGCUAAGGAUGUUUUUGGGACACUUUUUGAUAAUUCCACAUUCAUCAGUGUGAGUUGAGUGAAUAUUCGCGCUUCACAAUGCCAACAAAACAAAGUUCUGAAAUCGGUUGGCUUUCAAAAUGAUGGACUCCAUUUUGAAAGCAAAGAACAUGCAGGAUCAAAUGUGGCAACCCUGGUCAUUCUUAUAAUAGGGUGUUCACGUAACACAACUUAUGGAGCAUCUUAAAUAUUUCAACUUGUGUUAUUUUAUAGGGGUCGAUAUUCAAACCCUGUCGACCCCCAAAAUCAAUUCUUGUUUCUGUAGACCCCUGGGAAACUCAAAUCGACCACUUUGAGAAACCCUAAUCUAUAUCAUGCAUGAAAUCGGAGCUCAAAACCUGGGAAAUAUCAAUGAUUGAAGCAACUGGAGGGCUCUAUCAACACCAAGACAAUCCAAAUUAUUCAUUACACCUUGUAACAGAAUAACACGCAACCUACUCAGCUUGAAUAAGGCAGAUUUGAGUACAUUAAGCGGACACUGUCCAAGCAGGUAUCACCUUAAAAAAAUCGGAACACUGGCAGAUGAUAACUGUCUUUCUGCAAUUUCGAAGCUGAGACUUCGGAACAUUUACUGUGUCAAUGCAGUACACUAAUUCAGCGAAGACUGUGAAUUCUUGGAAAGGGCAUUCUUAUGCCUAACGAGAUUUGGUCUGCUGAACCAAAACAGGUAAGGAACUUCAUACAGGAAGUCAUACCUUCGUGGGGGGAUAUGCAAAGUCCUGGUGCGACUAUCACUUAUUCCCUGAGUGAUGGAACGAACUGACAUGGCAUACAUAGCAAACUGGAGUGCACUACAAUAGAUCAAACUAAUGGUCGCAAUGGUACAAUGCUCCUACAGAAGAAGAAACAUUUUUUCCAUCACGACUCACCAUUAUGAUAUAUAACUUUUAUCAGAUUUUUCUAGCGUGUUACUCUAUCCCGUAGAAUACAUAUUUGAUACGAAAAAGUUAAUUUUCGAUACGAAUUUUUAUUUGAAAAGUGGGUUUAUUCCAAAUGAAAAUUCAUUAUUAUUUUUGCUUCCCAAAUCGGAGUAUGACCGUCAUUACACCUCAUUACCGUCAACGCGCUUGCGCAAGUUUAUAAUUCCAAUGCGGUGUGAGAUUCAUUCGUAUUAUCUCCUCCUAUUUGAGCUGAGCACCACCAGGGGCGACACGAACCAUCUAUUUGCCACCAGAGUGAGCUGAACGAAACUCAACGCUGUGCCCAGGAUGUUUGGCCACAACUUCUGUUCCUCUUUUCCCAGUCACGAUAUCAUUAGGGUUGCUUAAUUUUUUCUCAACAAUAUAGCACAUAAAACAAAUUUAUUUUAAAUAAGAACGUGCAGCAAUAAAACAGAACUGUGAAACGAGUAAAAAAACUAUUGGAAUGUAUAAAAACAAAGAAAAGAGAACGAAAUAAUUACUGAAAUAUUAUAAUGGUACUAACAUUUCUACGAUGGCACCAAAGAUCGAAGCUUGUUAGUGUUCCUCUGGGAUGACUGCUUAGAAUAUCAAAUUGAACACAAUAUAUCUGACACAGUGUGGUUAAAAAUCAAUGUUUCUGUGAAGCAUAUGUAUGCAUAUCGUUAAACGAAGGCCACGAUCGAUUACUUUAACACCCAAAAUUACCCACUGCAGAGAGCCAACCAAAGAUCACAUUUUGUUUCAAAUUGUAAAUUGCAAAUAGCUUUUGGCAGAAGUUGGUAGAACGACACCGCUUGCGGGGGCACAUCCUUAACACAGCCACAACGUGUGAAUCAUCUCACGAUGAGAGAACAAAUCAAAUAAAUUUAGUCGAUCAGUUCAAUUAUCUUAGAAUCCUAGAAUCCUAUGUGAGAUCUAGUCUAAGAACAUGUGUUUUGGGUGAUCCAAACCUAACCGAAACCAAAUGUAACAGACUCGAAAUGUUAGUGACGACCGGAUUGUUCAACUAAUAUACGACCGUACGUGUUUUGUAAUUCCUAGUAGUGUAUCACUUUGUUGUAUCUGACUAAACUGCCAUAACGAGAACACACAUGAAUCGAAACAGUUGACUACUUUGUAACUUGUGUAAAAACAAAUAGAACCUAGAACAAGCGUUUGUUACCGUAUGCUGUACUUUGACAAUUUAAACACUGUCUACUGUUGAGUUGGAAUUAUGUUCUCUUGAUAAGACAAAAGCUGAUUAUGUUUCUAAAGCGCGGAGAGCGAAGAUGGGGGUGUUGUUUGCGAAUUGUAAGACCAUUGUUCAAACCUGUUGAGCAGAAGGACGUAGUGAACGAGCAUGAACACAGAACCACAACAACGUUGUUGAGUAGUUAGUUAUGGGUAUGAUAACAAAUUAAAGCAAAAAAACAGAAAGAGCUAAGAUGUAUUGAUCGCUUUCUCGGCGUAGAAUGAAACUAGUAGUGGGAGGGGAACGAACAACGUUUCCUCCGAAAAAUGAUUAUGUCUCGAAACUUAGUCCGCUUUUGGUCUCUAAAACUUGCUUCAAAAUCUUUGACUGUUUAUCUGUGAUUUAUUCGGAUAUAGAAUCAAUGUAAAGCUAUACGUUUGUAGAAUCGUGGAGUCAACGAUGAAGAACAGUGGUUCGACGUUUGAGAAACACUGGGAUGAAAUGAAGAAAGCUAAUCGUAAAAAUUCCAUUCUGUUCUCGAGCGUCAAACCACAGAUAGACGAAAGGUAUAAUGCCGAGUAGGGAAUACGCAUUUACCCGAUUUCAUAGUGUCCAUCAUAAAUGCUGGAAUGCUGGGAAAUGGAAAGAAUCAUAAAACAAAUCAAAACCGCAAAUUAUAGCAAAAUACACACAGAAACACAUUACAACCAGUAGAAUCAACCAAAGAGUGCAUAAACUUUGAAUGUUUAUGAAACAGAAAAAAAUGUUUAUAUUAAACUAUUUGACCACCCCCCAAAUAGUAAAGUUGUUCAUGGUUCCUCCAGUAGAGAAAACGAAUAUAUCCCCAACAAGUUAAAUAGUGUUGAAGCAAAUCUAGUUUCGAGCCAGCGUCAAGACUUCAGUGCAUGACAGCGGCUGGCCUUCGAGAUGAUAUCGGUACCAAGUGGUACCCGUAAUGAAGUAGUAGUGCAGAUUGCAGCAGACAGUACUAGCCGUAGAUAUCCAUUCAACUGCAGAUAAAUGCUUUCCUUUGAAUGAACACGAUACACAGAGUAUAAACCAAGCAACUAGACGACUUUCACGCGUAUAGUAAUCUACAGUAACGACACAGAUUAAAAAGGCAGCUGCAGGGUAUGUAAAAGUAGCUUUGAAAAAAAAAACACAGGACAUCGAAUCCUGCCUUUUUUUCGUAUGCUUGGACGCUACUUAGCCAUCUUGACAAUAUCCUAAUCCAGAAGCCCGUAUGGCACCUAAAAUAUAGUUUACGUUAUUUGCACCCUCUUAUUUCGAUGACUGAAGUACGAGGGUUUCGAAGUGGACCGGGGUAGUAUCUGCUUGAAACCCCUUUCCGUGGACAUCGAACAACCGAGGCGUACAGGUCUCCUCCGCGAGCGUAGAAGAAUCUAAUGGGUAAAUAGAACUUUAUUUUUCACUUGAGUGCCUGACCAUUAUAAUAUAUUUAAAUAAAAACGAGAAUGAGCUCGAGAGAUCGACAAAAGCACGCCUUGCAAUAGUUUAUACGUUGCCGUUUAAUAUUUAGAGAAAAGAACAUUGCUUUGACGCUGAUUGAGUUUAUCAUGCCCGAAUGAAUGAGAUGUCAGCUACCAUAUAUUCCGUACAAGUAAUUGCAUUUCAUAAACUUCCUCUUUCCGAGACGGAGCUCGAAACUAUAAAACACAACAGCAAAUCUAGAGUUGAAAUUUAUUUGCUGCGAAACGCACAUUGCAUUCUUACCCAAAAAACAAAACAAAAAUACAAAUUAACACACCGUAAACCCAGCAUGCAUAUUGAAAAUAAAAA